CCACCUCACCACCAUUUCCAUGACAUUACCAUUUAAGACUGCAUUCACUUCCCCGUUUUGGCCGUUAGAAGCCGAGAGUUGAGAUAAAUCUUCAUGAACUCACUGCCACUUCAUAAAGCUGUUGGUGUGAGCGUGUCAAGAUGUUUGUUUGAUUUCUAGGCAUGAUGCUGUAUUCGAACUCCUCCAACAUGUCAGUGGAUUCGGGGACGUCGAAGCCGGAGCUGGGACCGCAGGAGUACCGCCUGGCCUCCGUCAUCUUUUACAGUUUCGUCUUCAUCGUGGGAGUCGUUGUCAACCUCACUGCUUUAUGGGUGUUCGCCCUGACCACCAAGAAGAGGAACUCGGUCACGGUCUACAUGAUCAACGUGGCGGUGGUGGACCUCGCCUACAUCCUGCUGCUCCCCUUCCGGAUGGUUUACUACCACCAGGACUACUGGCCCUUCGGGGACCUGUUCUGCCGGGUCAGCGCGGCCCUCACCAUCUUCUACCCCUGCAUGGCGCUGUGGCUGUUCGCCCUCAUCAGCUCCGACCGCUACAUGGCCAUCGUCCAGCCCAAGCACGGCAAGGAGCUGCGGAACGUCCCCAAGGCGGUGGUGGGCAGCGUGGGCGUGUGGCUCAUGACUCUGGGCAGCACCGUCCCGCUGCUCUUCUCCCAGGACGACCCCGACCGCGUCUCCGGCUUCACCACCUGCAUCAAGAUGCAGGACAUCAUCUACAUGCGCCACGACAACCCCGUCAACUUCGUGCGGCUCAUCUUCUUCUUCCUGGUCCCCAUAUGCAUCAUGAUCGGCUGCUACAUCGUGAUCGUGGACAACCUGAUCCACGGCCGCACCUCGAAGCUCAAACCCAAAGUGAAGCAGAAGUCCAUCCGGAUCAUCGUCACCCUCAUCGUCCAGGUGCUGGUGUGCUUCGUGCCUUUUCACGUGAGUUUGGUGCUGCGUCUGGUGGGAAGCAGCGAGGACGAGGGCUUCAGCACCUGGGCGGUCUUCACCACCUUCCUGAUGAACCUGAGCACCGUGCUGGACAUCAUCCUCUACUACAUCGUCUCCAAGCAGUUCCAGGACCGGGUGAUCAGCGUGAUCCUGUACCGGAACUACCUGCGCAGCGUCCGGAGGAAGAGCAGGCGCACCAACACGGGCAGCAUCCGAUCGAUGAGCAACCUGACCAGCGCGAUGAUCUGAAGCUCCUCUCGCCGACGCAGCGUGCUUCUUCGCGCUUCCGCCGCAGCCUCACACCGAACGCAUCGCCGUGCGCCUGCUUCAUUAUCAGAAGGAUCAAAACUCGCAAUUAAUUUUCGAGGUGUAAUUUACACUCACAGUAUGGGAGUGCUGCUGUUGUGGCAAAAACAUCUGUGUUCGGAGCUGAUUGACUCACCCAGGAGACUGGAGAUGUUUUCGGAGCGUCUUCACUGUGGCAGACGAAGCAGGAGUGUGUGUGGCUCAGGUGUAACGCAGGAAGGCGAGAAUAAAGCUAAUCGUCAUUUAAUAGGUGACCCACGGUGUCCCGGCUCUGGAUCUGUUGUGAUUAAAAACACUGAAACUCUUCUUAAACUGCCCACUAUGUCAGCCGAAGACCAGAAGAGGCCGACAGCCUCCGCAGGAGGGACGCCGACAGGAAGUGAUUCUGUUUCUUGUUUCCUCUCUGGCCGAGCGGUGUGACUGUAGCUCUGCAGCAGCAGCUCGGCUUACAGGGGUGGAAGUGGGCAGCUGUCUGCUGUCAUGUGACUGAAUAAAGCCUGGCUUGCUUGUGUGGUUUCAGAUUCGUCCAGAUUGCAGGGCGGCUUCCUGUGUGGUGUUUGCAUGUUCUUCAUGAGCAUGUGCAGAGUUUCUUGUUUCCUCCCGCAGUGCAGAAACAGUCCUGGAGACCUGCUCAGACCUUCCCCACCUCCAGUCCAGAAACACGUGUUUCGGGUUACACUGCGACCCUCGGAGUGUGUUUGACCGCCUUGCCUUGUGACUGAGCAGCUCGGAGCGUCCCCCGCCUUCGUCCACAGUCAGCUGUGUCUUCCGUGAUGUGAGCAGGACAGAGGAGGGAUCGAUGAGGACCGAAAGCUUCCUGUGGAACUGCUGUAAAAUCAUCGACCAGUUGAUGGCAGCAUGGCACAGCUAGAUCCUAUCUGCCCAGCAGAGCCUCAACAUCAUGCUUUCUCCACUUCUGCAGAGAGGAUUGUAGUAAAUAUUUCCUCCUUAACUUUAAAAAAAAAAUACAUCUCAAACCAUUUAUGUUAUUUUAUGUGAUUUAUUACAAUUUGCUCUACAACUGCAAACAUUCCUUUUCGUUCCCGCCGUGAAAUAAUUCUUCCUCCUCAUUACAGAGAAGUUGUUAACAACAGUCCGAACGGCUUCCCCAAGCAGGAAUCAGACCAAAGUGUGUUUAUGGUGCAAUGUGAAUAGUAUUGAUUGGAUGUUAAAUGAUUCAGUCGCUUGGAGUGCAUUUACAGUAACCUGCUCAAGAGACGACAGCCAGGCUAUUUACUAGAUUUAAAGCAACCUUAACCUUAAGAGAGAAAACCUUCUUCUGUGCAGAGAUGCUCUGGUGUCAGGUCUGCUGUGAGUGUGUGUGUGUGUGUGUGUGUGUGUGUGCUCUUUAUUCCCUAAAUGAUUGGCAAGUAGUGAUUGUGUGACAGUCCUGUGCUGUUAGAGUGUGAUGGUUUUGAUAAGAGUCCUGCACACACACACACACUCACACACACACGUCACCCGAGCCACGGAUUGAUCCGGCGUUGCCAAUAGUUAAAAUAAUUGAAUUACUGAGCCUGUCGCGAGCGGCAGAGUUUAAACUGCAUCAGACAGUAAGUCAGUGCGGAGGGGUAACUACGCAGCGCCUCCUUCAAUUAGACCGUCAGGGCACCCUGCGGUGCAGCCACAUGUACCAGAGCCGUGAUCAUAUGGCUGAUCAAUGGCAAACACAGCUAAAUAAACCGCAUUCAGAUUCCUUUAAAAAAGGAUUCAGACUGUGGUACGGCUUCCCUGCCUCCUCCCAGCAUGCAGUGGACACCCUUCUGUGUCUUAAAGACGGAUUUAACUGAGUUCAUCCUCACUGAGGUACGGCGGGGAGAAGACGCGGCGGGCCGGGAGCCCAUAUGGCGCCUGGUUGAUUUGUUCAGCGCUCACCAGAGGAGAAGUGAGCGGCGUCUGCAUAAUAGACACACGGCGAGGUAAAUAAGACCGGGCAGGCUACAAGAAAUCCAUCUGAGGUGGAAUUCUGGGAACUGCAGUCCAUCAUUUGUUGAUAGGUUUAUUGGCCGGUGGGCUACAAGUGGAUUUAUAACCACGAGGUCAAGGGUCAAAUGAAACAUCAGAGGGUCGUCUAUCUGUCCCACCUGUUAGACAUCAAAGAAAAACCAGCUACACUGCUCACAGCAACUGGCAUUUAAAACAAUUAAGUUUCCUGUCAAGUCCCUGUGAUGAAUUAUCCGGAAGCUUUACCCGCCGUAAUUCUAAAUCUUCCCAACAAGUGCCUUUGUUGUAGAGAAAUUAAUGAAAACAAGAUUGUCUUUCAUAGGAGCUGAUCUAACAGCGCGACAGCCAGCUGCUCUUCUUUGGGAAUAAAAACAGUCAGCAUUAAACACAGCUCGCGCAAAAUACUUUUUUUUUUUUUUUCCACCACUCGUGUGGAAAACAAAUCAGGCGGCGGGCGCAGUGGCCAUCUGUUUUGUUAUUUGAUAUGUGUGAAUACAUGUUGUAAUGACUUUGUUUGUGAAUCACUCUGCGCGGCAGAACACACGAGAGCUCUCGAAGUGCUGGAGUGUUCAAAGCUAAUCAUAUAAUUGGACACAAUAGUCGAUGACAAAUGGAGACGCUUGGAGCCAGCCAGCUGGGGAAGUGAAUAUGUAAUCAUUGUAAAAUCAUAUCAUUUUUGCAUAUUUGAAGACAGCUUAAUAGAGUUUGCGUGUCAGCACACCAUCAAAUGAUGAUCAGAGACAGUCGGGCUGUAUUUGUUUUCCAAAUCAUGCAUUGUUGGAUAUUUAUCUCGAGCGUGAUUAAAAGUAUUCU